UACUUCUGGUAGUGAAAGAUGGCAAGAUGGCGGACUGAGUGGCUGUUAGCGUACCCGUUUAUAAAUGACGACAUUACCACAAACUGCAAUGGAUUAACCUAAAUUAUUAUUUCUUUAUUAAGCCCACUACGGAAGUUGAGUUUGAAGCGAUGGAGUGUUACCUGAAGUGAAGAUUGAAGACGUGAUAGAAGAUGGACGACUACUGCUAUGCUAAGAUGGCGACGUCCGCUAAAAGAGAACAUGAAAGAGAAUCAACUUCCAGCAAAUCACCAACGGAGAUAAAGACGAAAGAUGAAGAUGUCCAGCAGCUGAUUGGUCUUUCAGAAGAUCUUCCCCCGCAGUCAGUAGGGGGGAGCUCCACUUUGAAGCAGGAGACUCCACAACCACCCUGCAUUAAAAAGGAAGAGGAGGAACUCUUCAUCACUCAGGAGGGAGAGUGUCUUCUAGGACGAGAGGAAGCUGAUCACACCAAGUUUCCACUGAGUAUUCUCUCUGUGAAGACUGAAGAUGAUGAAGAGAAACCACAAGUAGACAACCUCUUAGCUCCACUAUCAGAUAGUGAGGCUGAAGAUGAGGUUGAAGUAACUUUGAGCAGCGAUAAAGACUGUGAAGGUGAUAUGAGGACUCACACUGACAACAAACAAUCUGACUCCUCAAAAAAGAAAACAGACGUCCAGCAGCUGAUUGAUCAUCCAGAAGAAGUUUCCCCUCAGUCAGGGGAGAGCUCCACUUUGAAGCAGGAGACUCCACAACCACCCUGCAUUAAAAAGGAAGAGGAGGAACUCUGCAUCACUCAGGAGGGAGAGUGUCUUCUAGGAUGUGAGGAAGCUGAUUACACCAAGUUUCCACUGAGUAUUCUCUCUGUGAAGACUGAAGAUGAUGAAGAGAAACCACAAGUAGACAACCUCUUAGCUCCACUAUCAGAUAGUGAGGCUGAAGAUGAGGUUGAAGUAACUUUGAGCAGCGAUAAAGACUGUGAAGGUGAUAUGAGGACUCACACUGACAACAAACAAUCUGACUCCUCAAAAAAGAAAACAGACGUCCAGCAGCUGAUUGAUCAUCCAGAAGAAGUUUCCCCUCAGUCAGGGGAGAGCUCCACUUUGAAGCAGGAGACUCCACAACCACCCUGCAUUAAAAAGGAAGAGGAGGAACUCUGCAUCACUCAGGAGGGAGAGUGUCUUCUAGGACGAGAGGAUGCUGAUCUCAGCAAGUUGCCACUGAGUAUUCUCUCUGUGAAGACGGAAGAUGAUGAAGAGAAACCACAUGUAGACAACCUCUUAGCUCCACUAUCAGAUAGUGAGGCUGAAGACGAGGUUGAAAAACCUUUAAGCAGUGAUAAAGACUGUGAAGGUGAUAUGAGGACUUACAUUCACAUCAAACACUCUGAUUGCUCUAAAAAGGAGACAGGUAAAAAACAUUUCAGCUGCUUAGUUUGUUCUAAAAGCUUUACUAGAAAGGACAAUUUGACUCGACACAUGAGAACACACACAGGAGAAAAACCAUUUAAUUGCUCAGUUUGUGGUAAAAGUUUCUUUCAAAAGAGCAGUUUGACUCCACACAUGAGAACACAUGCAGGAGAGAAACCAUUUAAUUGCUCAGUUUGCGGUAAAAGCUUUUUUCAAAAGAGCAGUUUGACCCCACACAUGAGAACACAUGCAGGAGAGAAACCAUAUAGAUGCUUGGUUUGUGGUAAAGGCUUUUCUCAAAAGAGCAGUUUGACUCAACAUAUGUCAAUACACACAGGAGGGAAACCACUCAACUGCUUAGUUUGUGGUAAAAGCUUUUCACGAAAAAACAAUUUGUCUCGACACAUGAGAACACACACAGGGGAGAAAUCAUUCAACUGCUCAGUUUGUGGUAAAAGUUUUUGUCAAAAAAUAGAUUUGACCCGACAUAUGAGAAGACACACAGGAGAGAAAUCAUUUAUUUGCUCAUUUUGUGGUAAAGGUUUUGCUCUCAGCAACAAUUUGACUCAACAUAUGAGAAGACACACAGGAGAAAAAGCAUUUAGUUGUUCAGUUUGUGGUAAAAGAUUCCGUCGUAAUGCAGCCGCAGUAAAACACUUAAGAAAACACACGGGAGAAUAACCAACAUGCUGUUUUUUGUCUGAUUGUGCAAACAUUCCUUAUUCUUUCCUUUAUGCCUUUUUUUUUUGCAGUCUUUUAGCGCCCCCAGUUUUCAUCCCAUCUGAACUGUUAAGGUAUCAAAAUGUACAACCAGGAAUUGUUAGCUAUCAAAUAUUCAUCUUCCCAGAACACAAAGAUUACCCAGAUUUCCAGGUUUUCCAGGACAUUUUCCCAUUGAAAACAGAUGGGCCAAUUUUCCACAUUGUUCCACCAUCCACAGACUCCACUCACCCUGGACAUUCAAGCCAAGUUUCAAAAUGUCCCUUUUUUCUCAGAAUUUCCAGGACCAUUUCCCCAUUGAAAAUGAACUGAAGGCUUACAAACCUCUUCAUAUCCCACAUCUCUUAUCCGAUUCUAACCUUUCCAGCAUCCACACAUUCCACUCACCCUGGACUUUUAGACAAAAAAAUUUCCAUCUUCAACAAUUUUCCUGAUUACCAGGAAGUCCGGUUAUAAUCACCGUUGUUUUAGCCCUUUUUCUUUUGACUUUUUCUGCCCCAUUUGUAUUUGAUCAGAACCAUUCAAGCAUCUAAACCUUUGACUCUGCCUGGAAUCGAUAGGGAAACAUAUUUGUUUUCUUCCAAAAUUUCCCUAUUUACCAAGAAAUCCUGGUCCUCGAGGACAUUAUUUUACUCCAUUUAUUACCUGAUUUGAACUGUCGCACCAUAAUAGAUUUUAUUUGUAAAAAGCACUUUACAUUGAGUAAACAACCUCAAAGUGUAUUAAAAAAAAAAAAAAAGAUAAUAAAAAUUAAAGCUGCAAGCAGCGAUGGACGGGACCGACUUUGAUGGCACAUAAAAUCCAAACCGAAACAGUAAUUAAAACUCUUUGGUCAACUUUUAAUCAGAAGGGUUCAAUCUCUCUCCUGUGCUAGUUUGAAGCCGACACGACAAACGCGCUCAGAGGAGAUCAUGUUUGAAAAAAGGUGACCGGUUUUUACAAAACUUUUGUUUUGAAGGGGGAAUUGCAAACUUCCUGUUGAUUUUUGCUGGGGGUUGUCAGUAUAUGAAAUGUAGGUCUAAGUGAAACCUACAUGGAGUGUUUCAUGUCUCUAAGACGUUCCUAAUGGAAGUUACAGGCAGUUUUGUCUGAGU